AUGGAGCUCGCUCGCAGCUCCUCCAGCACGUCAGUGGACGGGCAGUUUGCUCCUCCGCCUCACCCGUCGAAGCGCCAGCCACCAUCAGCCAGCAUCGAGACGGCGCACAGCGACACGAUCUACGACAUUCAGCUCGAUUACUACGGCAAGCGCCUGGCCACGUGCUCGUCCGACAGAACGUUGCGCGUGUACGACGUGUCCCGGACCUUCGCAGACGGCACUGGAGACAGCCACGAGUCUCUGACAGCCGCAAACAGCACUGACCACGUUCAAGAACCGACGCCGCUGCACCUUCUGCAACAUGUGGUGCGUCUGGCCGACGACUCGGUCGCUCCUAUCCACCGAGUGGCGUGGGCGCACCCCAAGUUUGGAGCAGUGCUGGCUCUGGCAGCUCAAGACGGAAACGUGUACAUUUAUCGGGAAGAGCUGGUGCAACAGGGGGCUGCUGGAACUGCUAACGUGACCGAGUGGCGUCUACAGCACGUGCACGAGUUCCACUCGCUGGCAGUGCUGAGUGUCGCGUGGGCGCCGUACGAGUACGGGCUGAGUCUCGCCACUGCCUCGGCCGAUGGACACGUGUCGUUCCUUACCCGGAUGCGGGAGGGGUGGGAGAUCACGUCGAGCUUUCGCAAUUCGGAGGAAGGCAUGGGAUGCACAGCGGUUAGCUGGGCACCUUACAACUCGCUCGGCUCGCAUGGACCUCACGGGCCGAUCCAGCGCGUGGUUACUGGAUCGUGCAAUCAGGCGGUUACCAUAUGGCAUCUUGUCGUCGCCCCUCAAGAAGGGGAGCUCUCUGGCAGUUGUCACUGGGAAAUCGAAACCACUCCUUUGUAUGGCCACAACGACUGGGUUCGCGACGUGGCGUGGGCACCAAACGUCGGUUUACCUGCCAAUGUGAUUGCGUCUGGAUCCGAUGAUCAUACGGUGCGUGUUUGGACUCAGGACGAGGCCGGUGGAGAAUGGUCGUCCCACGUGGUGCACACCUUUUGUGCGCCAAUGUACCGGAUAAGUUGGUCACUCACAGGCUCGGUGCUCAGCGUCGCGGCUGGUGAUGACGAGGUUACUGUUUGGAAGCAGCAGAAGAAUCAUGAAUGGACACGCAUUUCUUCUGUAACUGGUCAGGGCGCAGCCACUAUCUCGGGCAGCUAG